AUGGCGUCCCCGGCGCUGGCCGUGGCGCUGGCGGCGGCGGCGGCGGCGGGGCCCAACGCCAGCGGCGCCCGCGAGGGGGGCGGCGGCGGGGGAGCCGCCAACGCCUCGGGGGGCGCCUGGGGGCCGCCGCCCGGCCAGUACUCGGCGGGCGCCGUGGCGGGGCUGGCGGCCGUGGUGGGCUUCCUGAUCGUCUUCACCGUGGUGGGCAACGUGCUGGUGGUGAUCGCCGUGCUGACCAGCCGCGCGCUGCGCGCCCCGCAGAACCUCUUCCUGGUGUCGCUGGCCUCGGCGGACAUCCUGGUGGCCACGCUGGUCAUGCCCUUCUCGCUGGCCAACGAGCUCAUGGCCUACUGGUACUUCGGGCAGGUGUGGUGCGGCGUGUACCUGGCGCUGGACGUGCUCUUCUGCACCUCGUCCAUCGUGCACCUGUGCGCCAUCAGCCUGGACCGCUACUGGUCCGUGACGCGGGCCGUGGAGUACAACCUGCAGCGCACGCCGCGCCGCGUCAAGGCCACCAUCGUGGCCGUGUGGCUCGUCUCGGCCGUCAUCUCCUUCCCGCCGCUCGUCUCGCUCUACCGCCGGCCCGCCGCCGCCGCCUACCCGCAGUGCGGCCUCAACGACGAGACCUGGUACAUCCUGUCGUCCUGCGUGGGCUCCUUCUUCGCGCCCUGCCUCAUCAUGCUGCUGGUCUACGCGCGCAUCUACCGCGUGGCCAAGCGGCGCACGCGCGCGCUCAGCGACAAGCGCCCGGCCGGCCCCGACGGCGCGGCCCCCGCGGAGAACGGGCUGGGGGCGCCGGCGGGCGCGGGCGAGAACGGGCCCUGCGCGCCCCCGCGCCGCCCGCGCGCCGCCCCGGAGCCCGAGGACAGCAGCGCGGCGGCCGAGCGGCGGCGGCGCCGGGGCGCGGUGCGGAGGGGCGGGCGGCGGCGCGCGGACGGCCCGGCGGGCGAGGGCGAGGGCGGCGCCGAGGCGCCGGCUGCCGGGCCCGCCGCCGCCGCCGCCGCCCCCGGGAGAGGGGAGGAGAAAGGGGCGCCCCUCUGCCUCCCCAUCUCAGCGAGGGGCUGCUGGCGAGGCUGCAGGCCUGGACCCUGCUCAGGGGGCCCGGCCGCGGGGAGCUGUUAG